AUGAUAUUACGGCGAAUAGCAAGGCGGCAGGCCAUCGCAGGAUCUUUUGGGCAGUUGUCACAACAGGGUAGCCUCUCUUCUUGCGGUCUUCAACGGCGCGCUCUGCACUCCGUCCCUGGCCUGGGUGAUUCAAGGAACAGUCUAGGAGAAUACUUUCACGAACAUGGUGUGCCAGGCUUCCUCACACGCACGACCUUUCGACGAACGUGGACCGAAUAUCAGCAAGAGUUGGUUGACAAACUGAAUUACGAGACCACUGCAACUGAACAUGAAGGCAACUCUGCCCUGCACCUGCACAAAAUCUUCAGUCGCCAACCUGAAAGGGCACACAUCUACAAUAUGGCUGCUAUGGCGGCAUUCAACCACUUCUGGUGGGACAGUCUGUCCAUAACCAAGACCGAACCGAGCGAUGAGAUGUUGGGUGAUGUCAAUGAAUGGUUUAGUUCUCUAUCGGAGUUGAGACAAGAGAUGCUGGAGCACGGUGAAGCUAUCUUCGGGAAUGGUUUCGUCUGGCUCAUGCAGGAGAGGACUGCGGGCACCAAUACUGGUGGCCGACUGCGCAUCCUGUGCACAUACAAUGCUGGCUCGCCAUAUCGCGACGCAUGGCUCUUGCGUCAGAACAGAGACAGAGCGACCAAUCUGGAUCCCGCUUCUCCAGAAGCAGUCCAGUCUCGCAACAGUCUUCUCGGUCGCACUCCUGGAUCCGCCAGCCUGGCUCGAAACCAAGAACACUCAUUGCAAGAUCAAUUAGACGCAGAACCUCUAUUGUGCUUGAACGUAUGGCAACAUAUGUGGGUUCCCGACUACGGCUUGUUGGAGCGAGGAAAGAGAGCAUACUUGGCCGCUUGGUGGGAGAGAAUUAACUGGGACAAGGUGCAGCAGAGGAAAGAAGCUAUAAGACAAUCUUCGACGGGGAGAUCAUCUGGCAGAGGUUUGAACGAUGUCAUAAGAGGUGGUAUGAGGUAUUAG